AGUUAUACUCUCAUGGCUUUUUUUAUUUCGUUCACUCUCAUUCAUGUCUAACUGCUGCUUAGUUUCGCCUAUCCAAUAAGGCAAUUAAUUUUCCAGUUUUUUUUCAGCAGCCUUCCUUCACUUCCCAAUCUAAGAAAACGAAAACCCUAAUUUGUUUUUCUCGAAAUGAACUGUUCAAUCUCCGGUGAGGUUCCGGAAGAACCCGUCGUCUCCAAGAAAUCCGGCUUGCUUUAUGAGAAACGCUUAAUCGAGAGGCACAUUGCGGACUAUGGGAAGUGUCCGGUUACAGGGGAACCGCUUACCAUGGAGGACAUUGUCCCAGUCAAAACCGGCAAGAUUGUGAAGCCCAGAUCUUUAACAGCAGCUAGCAUCCCAGGGAUGCUUGGAAUGUUUCAGAAUGAAUGGGAUGCUUUGAUGCUAUCCAAUUUUGCAUUGGAGCAACAGCUGCAUACAGCUAGGCAAGAGCUAAGUCAUGCACUCUACCAGCAUGAUGCUGCCUGCCGUGUUAUUGCAAGACUUAAAAAGGAAAGGGAUGAAGCCAGGUCAUUACUUGCACAAGCUGAGAGGCAGGCACCUUUGCCUGCAUCUGCAGUUACUGCUGUGAGCAAUGGAAAGAGAGCUUCCGAGGAAGAAGAUAUGGGCCCUGGUGCAAAGAGAAUGCGUCCCGGGGUUUCUGAUAGUAUUAUCGCUGAGUUAACAGAAUGUAAUGCUGCUUUGUCUCAACAACGUAAAAAGCGCCAGAUACCUCCAACACUAGCUCCCAUUGAUGCUUUGGAGAGGUAUACUCAACUUUCUAGUCAUCCCCUUCACAAGACAAACAAACCAGGGAUCACUUCAAUUGACAUCAAUCUUUUAAAGGACAUUGUUGCCACAGGUGGGAUUGAUUCAAAUGCUGUUUUAUUUGGUCGAACAUCUGGGGAGAUCUUAUCAACACUUAGUGGUCACUCUAAGAAGGUUACAAGUGUAAAAUUUGUGGCUCAUAAUGAUGUAUUUUUAAGUGGUUCUGCAGAUAAGACUGUACGCAUUUGGCAAGGUUCUGAAGAUGGAAACUACAAUUGUAGGCAUAUUUUGAAAGAUCAUACAGCUGAGGUGCAAGCUGUCACAGUCCAUGCCACAAAUAACUACUUUGUAACUGCUUCGCUUGAUGCAACAUGGUGCUUUUAUGAUCUUUCCUCUGGCUUAUGCUUGACACAGGUUGAAGACCCUACAAAUUCCAUGGGUUAUACAUCUGCUGCAUUUCAUCCCGAUGGUCUCAUCCUUGGAACAGGCACCAUAGGAUCUACCGUUAGAAUUUGGGAUGUGAAGAGUCGGGGAAAUGUUGCUAACUUUGAUGGACACACUGGUGCAGUAACAGCCAUAUCUUUUUCGGAAAAUGGUUACUUCCUAGCAACUGCUGCACAUGAUGGUGUUAAGUUGUGGGAUCUACGUAAAUUAAAGAAUUUCCGUUCUUUUGAGUUAUAUGAUCAAGACACGCCGACUAACUCUGUGGAUUUCGAUCAUAGUGGGAGUUACCUUGCAAUUGCAGGCUCAGAUAUACGAGUUUACCAAGUUGGCAGCGUCAAAGCAGAAUGGAAUUGCAUCAAAACUUUACCUGAUUUGUCUGGCACAGGUAGAGCAACUUGUGUCAAAUUUGGUCCUGAUGCAAGGUACUUAGCAGUUGGAUCAAUGGAUCGCAACCUUCGGGUAUUUGGCCUUCCUGAAGAAGAUGCUUCAACAGAAUCAUAAAAGGGGAAACAAAAGUCCCUUGUGCUUCCCAUCCAUAUAUAUGGUAAGUUCUGAUUAAACCAUAGUUUUAUGCCAAAAUUCACAUGUGAGGUUAGGGCCUGAAUGUCACCAUUCCUCCAUAAUGUAUGUCACUGUAUCAUCUAGAAGCGAAUCGAAACUUAUAAGACAAUUUUGACUACUAGAUUUCGAGUUUUGGUACCAUUUUUUAUAAA